GAAGGACUUCUUAGGUAGUUGACGUUUUCAGCACACACAAAAAGUAAGACACUUGCGAUGACCAAGAACGAAAGAAACUGCUCUGUUCGAGCAGACUCGUAUGUAUUACAGUACAAACUGGAUAAGUCUGAAGUGGUAAGUUAAAAACGUUUUUUUCGUGGGAUGGUUUCGAACAAAAACAAAGCAGUUCGCGAAAUCGCGAUCGAUAUUGCACAUGGCUCUACUUUGUUUACAAAUUUGCUUCUGUGACGGAAUCAUUUCGCCUCAUUCGGUACUUAUCUCUGGAGAAAAAAGCAACCUAUUUUAAUCUUCAUUUAACUUUGUCGAUUUGAUAUCUUGAUUAGUGCUUGUGUUCAUCUCUUUCGAAGUCUUACUUUGACCAGUUUUUCCGCAAACAAAUCAGUGGCAAAUAUCACGAGAGCAUUAUUCGCUCUCACCUGGUCAUUUUUUGACUGAAUUCAGCGCAGUCGCUUGGAUUCUGUUGUUCAGGAAUACGUCUUUUAUCAGCUUAACACUGAGUCAAUACUUUCUUAAAAAAUGCCCCACUGCAGAAGUAUGUAAAAGUGAGUGUUAUUAAAUUUGAAUCGAGUAAUUUUCGUUCUCAUACUGGUAUGCGAUAACCCCAAACUCCUCUAUAAAAUCCGAAAGCGAGUUCGUUUAAAUCUUGUUACGAAAUCUUCGUAUUUAAUCUAAUCAUUAUUAAAGAAUGUAGUUACUACUGAAUGGUUCCUACUAGAUGAAUUUAGAUACAUUUAAGAAAUCUGGACCUUUCGAAUUCAUUAACGUUUCAUUUCUUUUUCAAAUCUUUUAACUUUCGAGAGUGUUUUAUGAAAAUUAAUUUUUGUGUCGUUUGUUUUUUCAAAGUACUGGACUUACGCAAUAGGGAAGUUUGAUUUUGGAAGUGUGGUUUUUACAAGUUCCUCUCGUACGACAUGUACACUGCAUGGAAAAAUUAACCAAUAGAGCGUGGGCAAGUAGGGGGUUUGGCAGGGGCGUACGUGCUGUUAUGUCACCGCAAUGUCACUCAAGGUUAUCAAGAAUGCAAUGUCAUUGCGUCAUCCAUUUAUAGGAAUAUUUGAGCCUUGAAGUAAAAUGAUUCAAACAAUUUCUAUGGGGCACAUCAUGCUUCUGCUUUAUUUUUUUUCAGUAGGGUUUAAAAUGAAUGUUUUGUUUGGAGAGAGAUUUGAGCGCUUGAUAUUAGACUUAACUAGGUGUUAAAGAUCACAAUAUUGUUAUCAAAAUUGUCGGGCACUGUGGCGUUAGUUCAGACCGUUUCAUUGUCACUUUUUCCAGCUUUUUAUUCUCAAUUCCUUUCAAACUGAUAAUAAGAGUGCUACAGUGUAUUCUCUUGGGCAUAUAUAUCUUUUGUGCCCUUCUUAGUGUCAUUUUAACCUUAGCUUUGGGCUCACACUGAAAUGAAUCAGAGUUGGGGUCAAAAGUGAUCUAUGUCCAUGAACAUAAACUCUAAUGUUUUAAUGCCGUAUAUCAUGGGGGGGGGGGUGAGGUCUUGAACAUGGAAAGAAGGUGAAGCCAGUAUUGUCUUUUUUCUUUUCUUUCAGUUUUUAUUUGUUAUUUUGUUUUCUUAUUUUGUUUUCAAAGUGAGAGGGUUAUGCUCUUUGUAAAGCAAGUGAGAUACAAUCCCCUACCCUAAGAAAUUUAUGAUGCUAAAAUUUGCACUACAUGUACAAAAUUAAUUUUGGUUGUCUAAUAAAAAGAGCCUUAUCUCUCAUAAUAAUCAGUGUGAAUUUUGUCUUCUUGUAGGUUAAAAGUGUUGGACCCAAACUUGUGCCAUUCCUAAAAACUGUUUGUGUUUAUUUUGUGGCAUGGCUUCCAGAGACAGAGAAACCAACUGUAUUUGCUGCUCUCCUUAAAAUUCUACCAAUCCUGAGUCUAUGUGUAUUUGUCAGCCUGCAAGGAAUAAGUCUUGAGAAAGAACACAACUACAGCAGGAGAAUUCUUCUGGGUCUCAUCUUUUCAGCCAUUGGUGACGUUUUUCUUGUAUGGAAAAACACUUACUUCAUUCAUGGCAUGGCUGCUUUUGGUAUUGCUCACAUUUUGUAUAUUAGAGCCUUUGGGUUCCAACCAAGAAACCCCCUUGUAGGAUCAAUCUGUGUCUUACCAGGUUUGUUGGUGUACUACAUAUUGUACCCUGGACUCGAAGCAAAGCUGGUUAUUCCUGUCCUUAUAUAUGGCUUUGUGGUCACUGGUAUGAUGUGGCAGGCCAUAACUGGUGUCCAAAACCAAAUCGAAGAGAAUGGAUUAUGUCGCUGGACAAAGAUGAGUGCAUGCUUUGGUGCUGCCUUGUUUUACCUCUCAGACAAUAUCAUCGCCAUCAACAAGUUUUGUUUUCCUGUUCCUGGGGCAAGAGCCUUGAUCAUGACAACAUAUUAUGCUGGUCAGAUGGGCAUUGCUGUGUCAGCUUUCAACCUUGAGGAGGAGUACAACCUUAGAAUGAAAAGCUGUAAAAAAUUUGAGUAGUUUCAUUGCGAAAAUGCAAUUUUUUCUCUUGGUAUUGUAAGAAUAAAUCCUCUGAGUAAGGAGCAUGAGGUUUUGAUUCAUAUUACUUUAAAACACAAGUAGUUCUGAAAAUAUGUAUUUUUUUCACCAUGAUACAUUUUCAUCUAAAAUUCCCAGAUUGUAAAAUUUGUCACGUUUAAAAUACCAAAUCAUUAACACUGAAAAUAUAGUUUUUUUGGUAAUAAUUGUUGAAAGCAAGUGAAACUAUGAGCCUUUUUGACAAGACAAUUGGAAAAUAUUUUAAGACUAGUCUCCAGCAAGCUAUGAUGUUUUUUUUUUUUUAUCAUUGGGGAGGGGUGAUAAUUUAUUUUUCAAGAGUUGCAAAUACAGGGAAUAGUGGUAUUUAUAACCUUAUUUAUGGCCAAAACUGGACAAAUUUGACAUUGGUAGUGACAAGCAAAUGCAAGAUCCUGCAUCUUGGCUUGUCAAUUGAACCAUUUCAAAAUAUUCUUAUACUAUUCAAUUACU